UUCUCGGUCCGUCAAAUGGCCAUCAGUGUUCCUAGUAUAGCUUCUCAUCCAAUCAACCCGUCAAUGCCAUGAAAAAUGUAUCCAAUAAAAAUCGAUCGCACCUCAUUCUUAGCGCUCACCCAUUCAUCACUUAUGCAGUCCCUUGCAGAAUACAGAUGCCAAUUGCAAGGCGGUUAGAAGAAGCAGGCACAGCCUCGCGCGAGGCUGUGCACUUGUCGGGUCGGGGUUCUUUAAAUCCCCCGAAUUAUCCAUCCUUCUUCAGAGCAGCUUCAUAAUUCAAUUCCUUACCGCAUGGUUAACUGGUUUCAAGAAUGGCAGCGGGCCUCGACGCCAUAGGCGUAGCCGCCAGCAUCAUCCAGCUUGCCGACUUUGGCGCCCAGCUGUCCAUGAAACUCUACACUUUCUACCACCAAGUCAAGAACGCCGACGAGCGGUUGAAGAGUCUAUCCAGCAAUGUGUCUCUGACGUGCACGGUUUUGAAGCAGCUAGCGUCUAAUCUAGAGCAGGACGAACAGGCCCAGCUCUACUCCCAUGAGGCUUUCGAUACAGCCAGGCAGGUCUCGGCGGACUGCGACGCUAUUUUCAAGAAGAUCGACAGCGCGCUGGAUCGCUUUAAGGAUGGGUUAGCGAGGAGCUCGUUGCAGAGGGCAGCUGCGAAGGUUGGGUUCGUGUUCAUGGAGAAUGACAUCAACAUCCUCCGGAGUGAUCUGGAGCGAUUGAAGACGACGAUGCUGUUGUUGCUGAAUGUUAUUAUGUAUGCGGGUCAGAUAAGAAGUCGAGCGGAGUCGAAGACUCUUAAAGAGCAAUCGGAUUUUAUCCAAGCCCUGGUUGCGGAAAAGGCAGCAUCUGAAAUCCAGUUUUUGACCCUGAAUAGGGUGGUUGAGAAUCCGACAAACAAGCUCUUUGAUGAUACAGAUUUCCGGGCUGGCUCGGUCUCCGACGAGCUGAAAUCCUACUGUUCACUUGUUGAGCGCAUUCUUUGCGAGAUCGGCGUUAUCCAAUCUAACCUGGAGCCUGACCAAUACGGUAGAGUGCGGGAUGGGAUCCUGAGGCUUCAUUCUGAAGAGAUUGUUCACUGCGAGCAAGCGCAUGGAUGGGAUGUUGGCCAGCUUCUCAGAGAAGGAUUCGCCAAGUUCUGCCAUAGCUCCGGCGAUGUGAACGUUUUCACACCGCGCGUCAUUUACAACAAUGGUGCACCCUCCCCAAUGGCCAAGGCGGCUGGGUAUACGUUGAAGUGUUCGACCCGGCCUACCAGCCCUUUCCCCGCACAAAAGCCCAGAGACAAGUUGCUUGGUCGAUAUUCGGACAAUACUUUGGCGGGCUCGGGCUGUGCUUUGUCUUCAGCAUCGGCUUCAUCAGAAGUUCCGCCAGAACUUAUUCCUCCGUUUCUUCCACCAUUGCAAGGGGAUGAAGAGGAAUCAUCUACCCCUCUUCCCUCUCUGAAAAAAGCACUAGAAUCCACCAUACCCCAAGCCAGGCAUGAUGAACUCCCUUCGGAUGGAAAUGGACUAGCUGAGGGGAACUCGGUGCUACUAAGGCACUUAGAACCCAAUCGACCCGAUAUAGCCGAUUUCGAAAGAGACCAUCCACUUGUUGAACAUUCAAGGUUUUCACGCAAGAUGAACAUACUUCGCAGAUUUGAUCAGCGACACCCGGGAGGGAAUAGAGAAAUAUCUCCACGCCUCGAGAAAGCUAAAUCAGCAUUGUCACUACUCCUAGAAGUCGAACCACGGAAUGAAGAAAAUAAACCCGCUUUGCCCUUCAAGGAGUAAGUCAGCCAGAGUUCCAAUCUCCGUCCCUAAUAGAGGAAGGGUUAGUAAAAGCUGAUUGAAUAUAGGAACUGCAUGUAUCCUGAUCGCGAUGAGUUCUCGACUAGCCCUGGACAAAAGCGGGCUCUAUCUACAGCUGAAGAGGGUGGUCGGCCA